UUGUAGGUGGAACUUGCAACCUGCAGUACCACCCUUCCAAGACUCGAACUACCUCUCCUCUCUCUCUUUUAUGGUUAUACUGUUUGAUUCACGUUGUUAUUCGAGCCUUCUCGCAGCAAACUGCUCAAGAUGGGAAACCUUGGGUCUGACAGGCGGCCUGACACCAAGGCGCCGACACGCACUAGGUCUUACAUAUCAUCCACUAAGACCGUCCGUUAGCAUAUCACGUUCACUUAAGGCUAGUCCAACGUCAGAUAUCGUAUCGGCUAUACGUCUUGUGUAUGUCGUGAUAUACCAGCAAAGAGCUCAAUAUGUGUCUUCCAGACCUUGCAUCGUCCGUACACUAGAUCCAACAUCCUCAGAACGACCUUGAAAACCAUAUACCACCAUGAGCUCGACAAAAUUCCAGAUUCCAUCCAAGUAUACGUCUCAGCUUCGCUAUGUGGAGUCCAAGGACCUAAGGACUGACGCCGAGAUCCUCAAUGCUCUGACCUCCCACCAACCCGUCACUUCAGAAAAGAACAUAUGGACCUACUGGCACUCUGGCAUCUUAGCUAUGCCCUCAUGGUGCCAACGUAACAUCAUCAACUGGGUCCGUCUGCACGACUCGUCCUGGACCAUCCGCGUUCUCGACACCGUUCCCGACUCGCCAAACCACGCUUUGACUUGGAUCAACCGUGCCGUCUUGCCCAAAGCGUUUGUGGAAGGCACAAUGGUAGGUCCAUACGUCGGACCGCACAGCGCCGACUUUCUUCGUGGUGCGGCACUGCAUGCGUACGGCGGUGUGUGGAUGGACGUUGGAAACAUGAUGUUCCGCGACCUAGACCGCGUGUGCUGGAAUCAACUCGCGGACGAGGCUUCGCCGUACACCAUCUGUGUGCCAUGGAUGAUCGAGCAGAACAUUGCGAAUCACUUUGUGGCAGGUCGCAAAGGCGAUCCGUUUAUCAAGCGCUGGCACGACCUCUUCGUCCACCUCUGGAAGGACCGCACCGACUUUACAGGCGUGAUCCAAAAUCCCCUCAUCACAUUCAUGAAGGACUUCAAGUUCUCGGAAGGCGACGCGCGCGGUUUCAACUGGGAUUUCAAGGUCGACGAGCAGACCGUGUUAGGUUACAUUGGGCAGUGUGUGGCCUGGAUCCGGCUCACCUGGCUCGAAGAACCCAACGGUUUCAACGGGCGCCAGUACUUCAAGAACAAGGUCCUGCUCUUCGAUGUUUUGCCCGAGGACUGGGCUGCAGAGCAGAUUGUAGGGUUCAAGGGUGAGGAUCUGUUCAAAGUAUUUACCACGAAACUCGACGCAGACCCGCAGUCUGAGGAGUACAAGGUGGCAGACCAGGUCGUGUGGAGGUUGCUGACGCAAAGCACGAUGCAAAAGAUUACGCAUGGAAAGGGACUGACGAGUUCGGAUGCUUGCGGUAUCCUGCUUGACCGGCCUGAGAACGAGGGUAGAGAUCAGGAGCCAGGUACCUUUGGCGAGUUGUUGCGGUACGGAAGUGUGCAUUUUGAGCAGACAAGGGAUCGGAUUGCGUAUGUUGAGCCAGUACUCGUGGAUGAAAGUUCCGUGAUCAGGAAGGGGUUGUUAGAGCCUUAGAGCGUCGAGCUCGUCCUUUCCUCGUGGUGCUUCAGGCGUACCUGGAGUGCCCCAUGACAGAAGCAGCUAGUGCGGAGGCGUACUUGCAUGUGCCAUCAACACCUUCCAUCUGAUAACCCAGCACAGCUGCACAUGUUGCUUUGUAGAACCGCAUAAAACUCUGACUUCAACGUCUUCACUGCAUCUGCCCUAUAUUUGUCUUCGUUCGGAGUUAACUCUAC